AUGAUAAAAUCUCCAAAACAGCUAACGGAUGCAAGUUCAGCAGAACUCUUCGCCAGAAUGAAGACAGCAUCCUUUGCUGAAAUUUCCCUGAAAACUGGCAGCGGAUGUGGCCAGAGCAGCCUCGGGCUCAUCUCCUCAGCAUUGCGCGCGUUUCACACUGACGGAGGGCACACAACAGAAAUCCUGAGAUUGCUCAGUUGUUUGUCAGAGUCAUACUCUCCUAGAUGUUAUAUUCUUGCAGACUCUGAUAAGAUGAGUGAAGCUAAAAUACGUUCUUUCGAACAAAAAAGGGCUGAAAGGUUCUCCAAUUCCCAGUUCACCCUUGAUCGCAUUCCCAGAAGCCGUGAGGUUAGACAGUCUUGGACCUCCUCCGUGGUAACAACCGCAUACUCCAUACUUUAUUCCCUUCCUUUGACGUACAGACUGAAACCAGAUUUGAUAUUGUGCAAUGGACCGGGAACAUGUGUUCCUGUCUGUAUAUCUGCUCUUCUUCUUGGGCUUCUAGGAAUGAAAAGAGCAAUCAUUGUGUACGUAGAAAGCAUCUGCCGCGUGGAAACUUUAUCCCUGUCUGGAAAAAUUCUUUACUAUUUUUCGGAUUACUUCAUUGUUCAAUGGCCUGCACUGAAGGAAAAAUAUCCUAAGUCAGUUUAUCUUGGUCGAAUAGUAUAACAGAGGACAGGCUUUACCUAAAAUAAACUCUUAAGGCUCCUCACUGAAGAAAUUCAUUAGUGUAACAUAAUUUAUUUUCAAAGAUUCCUAUUAAAAAUUAGGCCUGUACUGGAAAAACAGAUGGUAAUAAAGAUAUCUCUACAUUACAGUACACUUUUGUGUAGUUGUAUUUAUCACCAUCAUGAAGGUCUGUGCACCAAUACCCAUAAUGGCAGUAAGUCUAUGCUGUUUCUGCUUUCAUCUAGUUUUCCUGCUAUGUGAAUAGCAAUUUUUGUCUACAAAUAAAUAUGGAAAUUUGUAUGAAUUGUAA